AGUACCGCUUUGUUUCAUUGCUACUCACCAAGUGUAACCGCUCACUCACUUCAGUACACAAUGCAGUGGCUCCCAAUUACUGCUCUACUUUUGAUCACAGCUGCUUGUACUGAAGGUACAGGGUAUCGGUACAAGCACAGGUACAUGUACCAUGGAUCAAUAUGGGGCAAACUGAUGUGCAGGAUCGGACUAUGCAAAGCAAUGUGCAGAGCAGAGAAUGACACAUGUGGAAACAAUCAGCAGUGCUGUGGAGAUGGCAUCUGCCAGAUGGGAACGUGUAAAACACCAGAGCCGGGCACAGAGGGCUCUGGAUGCCAGUCGGAUGCCGACUGUAACAAAACCCUUUGCUGUGCCAAACGCCAUCAGAAAGGAUACUACUAUAGCAGUAGCCACGUUUGCACGAAGUUGAGGACAGCAGGACAAGUUUGCUACCCGAUAGAAGACAACUGUACUGUACACUACCAGUGCCCAUGCGCUCAAGAGCUGACAUGCUCAACAAACAGGUUCUCUACGACUACAAGGUACUACAGGAGUUAUUACGGGUACAAACAAAUGAAAGUAAUCACAAAGAGUAGAUGUAUGGAGGUAAUGCCUAAGACAACUGAUCCCCCAACUACAGAAGCUGUUACAAGAGACACGAAUACCAUAACAAUAUCUCCAGCCGAAGUAAGCGGUGAACCAGAGGAACCGAUUGAGCUUGAACAGGAGCCUGCCCAAGGUAAUGGUGACGAGCAGGAAAAACGAAAAGUGGAUGGCAAGAAAAAAGAGAAAAAAGAGAAAAAGCCAAAAGGAAAAAAAGAGAAAAAAGAAAAAAAGCCAAAACCAGAAAAGGGUAGAAGAGGAUGAAAUUAAAGAAGACUGAAACAGUGAAGACAAGGCAUGCAGAUACUGAGUGAAGUGGUAGACACUUUCAUGUGCUAUCAGUAGUGUAGUAUGAGUAGAUCAGUGUGUCUGUACGUAGUUGUCUGCAUAGACUGUAGUUUCAACUGAAUAUUAAGACA